CUUUUUCCUUUUGUUCUUUCGCUUUGAUCCCAUGUUGUCGCAAGACACCUCCAAUACUCCUGCCACUGGUGUUGUGGGUGUUGGUGCACCUGCAACAGCAACAACAACAAUAACACCAACGACCACUUCAGUAUCAGCAGCACCACCAUCGUCAUCAUCAUCAUCAUCAUCAUCAUCAGUAUCAGCGGCACUCGCUCCUCAACCGUUUACUCCCUCCCCUAAUGCAACUGCUUCUUCAAGCGCUACACCUCUUCGGACUGCAAAUGCUAACAAAACGCAUGUCCUGAGAGCCUGUGUGAAUUGCCGCAAAGCACAUCUUGCUUGUGACGCCGAUCGUCCCUGCAAACGAUGCGUUUCACUCAGCAAAGAGCAAACAUGCUACGACGUUGACCACAAAAAGCGCGGACGGCCGAAGCUACGACAGCACGGCCAACGCGUACAGAGAAAUGCCAUGACAACGCCUAUGCGACAAUCGUCCUUUUCCAUGACUACCGACACUUCAGCCACGACCCUCCUGACGCAAACGUACACGUCGCCCAUCAUCACUGCGUUCUUAUCCAUGGAGAUCUGUUGCGCGCGCGUUUCGGAUGAAGUGCAGCAGCUGCUGGGCUAUUACCCGCAAGAAUUGGCACACCGGCCUUUGUUUUCCUUCAUUGCACCAAGAAGCAGUGAAACACUAGCGCGACUCCAUCGUGUUUUACUCGACAAUGUGACACAUGUAGCACAGCGGGCGGAUCCAGCGUAUCAGCGCAUGCCACCCACAGAACGCACCACUUCUGAUAAAUUCUUUAGCCAGCAUCCAGAUACCCUCACUGCUAUUGCCAAUGGCUCGCAGACAGUAUCCGAUACCUUAUGGGUCAAGCGCAAUGAUGGUGCCGUGGAGCCGCUUACAACUCAGUUUUAUUUAGGCGGUGGACUUGGUGCAGAUCUAUAUACCCCGUCGACGCUUACAAAUCUAUACAUCGUAUGCUUAUUAUCCAGACCUGCACAGACACAACAGCAGGCUCGAUCACAGCAGCAACAGCAUACCGAACAGCCCGUUAGUGAUGGAUCUGGUGGUGGUGAUGGCGAUGAACAACAACAACAACAACAACCUCCUACCUCAUCGUCAACACUACAGCCAUCGCCGCAGCAACAACACCCACUCCAAACAGCGACAGCUUCUUCAUUUUCAUCUUCGUCGUUACUACACCACCAGCACCACCACCACCAUCACAAGCACUCACAACAAAGGCCAGUUGCACCGCGUCAAAGUCAGCCAUCAUCAUCAUCCAUGCCCAGUGAUAAUCGGUCUGACCAACCUGUUCUUUUAACGCAUCCAUCCAAUCCCUCCAUCCCACUCCGUGCACCAUGGCAACAGGUCCACGUUGCCCCUGUCACCAACGACAAGGAUCCCAAGUCCAAUUCGACCAUUGACUAUGUCAAGCAAUCCAUGCGCCUGUUUCAAAGCACAGAGCCAUCCAGGUCAUCCAAUAUGAGCGUGGACGCAUUACUUUCCUAAUAUAACAAACACACACACACAUCUCUGCACAUAUACACACACAUACACCACUUAAUAAACUGAAUUCCCUCGUACACAGCAGCCAACUCUCUGCCACGACGGUAGAGAAUUGAAUUAUAAAUCCAUUGGGCCGAGUCUUUUUGGUUUUAUACAUCGUCGUCGUCGUCUUCUUCUUCUGACUCUUUAU